AGGAACCAAACCGAGCAAAACCCAAUCCAUCAAUCAUCACCAUGCUCGACUCCAUCUCCCCCACCUCGGCAAUCAUCCUGUUGCUUCUUGUCGCCGCCCCGGCGUUCAUCCUCCCGCGAUUCUCAUCCAGCCGGACGCAGCCCAACCGAUCUAGUCUCCUACAACGCCUCCGAGGAUCCCGUCAGCCACCGUCCGAGGUUGUGUCACUGCGCGUGUACCCGAUCAAAUCAUGUCGCGGGCUCGAGCUUCCGAAGACCAAGUUACGCAUGCACGGUCUGGAUCUCGAUCGGAGGUGGAUGUUCGUCGAUGCGAAUACGAAGGAGUUCUUGACGAUUCGCCAGAUUCCGCAGAUGACGCUUAUUAACACGGCGUUGGACGGCAAGAACAACAAGGACGCCUCUAAUGGCACUGGCAAUGGCAAUGGCAGCAGUGAUUUCGAAAUUGAUACCCUCGUCCUCACCAUCACCGGCGUGGACGGCUGCGUCCGCAUCCCGGCCUACCCAGACGAGGCGUGGCUGUCGGCGCACACGACCCUCGCACAGGUCAAGAUCUGGGACACCGUAACGGACGGACACGUCUACGGGGCGUCAGUCAACGACCUUUUCUCGUCCUUCCUGAAGCGCGACGUCUGUCUCGUCUACAAGGGUCCUACGCCGCGCGUCCUCCAGGGCAACGGCGACCCGCGACUUCUCGGCCGCACGCAGAGCACGAACUUCCCCGACGUGCAUCCGGUGACAAUCGCGUCCGAAGCGUCGCUGAAGGAGCUGAAUGAGCGAUUGGAGAAGAACGGUGCCGAGCCGAUUACCAUCGAGCGGUUCCGUCCGAAUGUGAUUAUUCGGGGCAGUGCGCCGUGGAUAGAGGAUUCAUGGAAGGUGGUUCGGAUCAGUGGACAGGGUGCGGACGGGUCGAGGUCGUCGCUGACGAUUGAUGUUGUAGCGCGAUGUGCGCGCUGUCAGGUCCCCAAUGUCGAUCCGGAUACGGCGGAUAAGCAUAAGACGCAGCCGUGGAAUACGCUGAUGGGUUAUCGGCGCAUCGAUGAGGGGAUUACGUAUAAACCGUGCUUUGCGAUGUUGAGUGCGCCGCGCAAUGAAGGGGCGAUCGAGGUGGGGAUGGUGUUGGAGGUGUUGGAGGAAACGAGGAAUCAUCGGUAUGUGAAGGGAUUUUGAGUUGGCGUAGACCAUGUGUAUAUAAAAGUUUGACUGUACAGUGAGGUUCUGUUUGGGUGUCGCUCAGGCACCUGAAACGUCUACAGAUAAUGUGGCUAUGAAGUUAUGUGCUUAUAGUCCUGCGAGUACAAUUCAUACAUAUGAUCAAUUAGUCUUUUUACAUACUGUGUUAACCACAGCA